GUGACAGUAUUGCAACCAUAGAUUUAUAGAGAGUUGCGAGUCUUGUUAAAUUCAUUUUAUUCAAGGAUCUCGAAAUUCGUUGUCACCGCGGCUUUUUAAGCAAAUCAGUUGAACGACACGAUAACUAACGCUGUCUGAAGAAUGCUUCCGUCAACGAGUAGCAAGAUGUGGAAGGAUAAAGUUAUUAGCGCUUCCGAUCGUAUAUUUCCAGGGCUAGCUUACCAUAAUCGGUUAAAAGAGUUUCAUGAUAUCGGGAAUCAAAUCCAGUCUAGUUUGCCACUACAAAUAGCAUUGUACUUCAAUGUUUGGAUAUUCCCGGUCUGGUUCCUCACCACUCUGGUAUUUCUGGAUGAAAAAUAUGACAAACUAUCAGACAUUUACAAAGUCAUAACAGUGGGAGUUUUCCUAGUCGUUAUUGUAUUGGAAUGUGUGCGCUUGUACUUGGGAUACCUUGGGAAUCUAUCGGAAAAGAUUCCAGAAUUGGCAAGUUUCUGGCUGAUUUCUACACUUGCACAAUUUCCUCUUCAGAUGUUUCUAUUUGUUGAUCAGGGACUGUUACCAGCUAUUGGAGAACAUAUAAUAAACAGCAUGAUGAUUUUUUUUCUUAUAGUCGAGAUAGUAACUGGAACAAUUGCUUUGAGAAAUUCAGCAAAUCAUCAUGCAAGAAGAUUUUAUUUAGCGCAGUUGUAUGAAAUUCAUGAAAAACCAGAAUAAAAUUCGUAAGAAAUGAACAUUUGUACAUAAAAUUCCGAACCAUUUACAAAGUCUAAAAUGCAUAAAUAAAUUUUUUUAUUCUGUGUAUAUCACAUAGACAUUGAAUUUACAAUAGAUAUUAAAAUCUAGUAUCUUUUUACCUAGUUAAUUAUUAUUCAAUAGGUUCUUAGGCACUCAAGGAUUUCUGAUAUUAUUUGCUGACUAAAAUUUCUUCUCCGGCUAGUAACAGAACUUAUUUCACUUUCUGGUGAAGCUGUUGUCUUGUUCUUGUCUAUGAUGUUUUUUGUACAUUAACAUUUGCUAACUUCACAUGACACUUUAAAAUUAAAGUUGGCAAUCAGUCGAAG